AUGAAUGCCGUUGUCAAAAAUACAGGUAACAAAUAUUCUAAUCAUCUAUCGUUUCCAACAGGAAUUCCUUCAGCCGAUGAUAAUGCCAUCUAUUGUCCUCUUCCGCGUCAGCGCGGUUUCAAACUUGCCGCGUUACAUAUCAACAAAUUAACUACCCACAUCGAUGAACUAAGAAUUCUGCUUGACGAAAAUCCAAUCGAUAUACUCGCAAUCAAUGAGACUAAACUUGACGAUAAUGUUUCGGACAACGAGGUUCAUUUGUCAGGGUAUGAAAUUAUUCGCCGCGACCGCACUAGUGGUGGUGGUGGUGGUGUUUGUUUUUAUGUACGAUCAGGUAUAAACUAUAAGGUUCGUUCGGAUUUGAAUAUCCUUGAUCUAGAAAACUUAUGCAUAGAGAUAAAUAAACCUCGUUCUACUCCUUUUUUGGUAAAUACUUGGUAUAGGCCACCAAAUUCGCCUGUCAGUAUAUUCGCUUCUCUUGAAAUAUUAAUUGGCAAACUAGACUCCAUGAAUGUCGAAUAUUUUUUAUUAGGUGAUUUAAACUGUGACCAAACCGCUGUAAUUCCAGACAAUAAUACUAACCUGAUGAAUAAUAUUUCUGACAUUUAUGGCUUAACACAAUUGAUCAAAGAGGCCACACGAAUCACCGAGAACACAGCAACACUGCUCGAUUUUAUCUACACUAAUCACCCUGACAGAAUUGCCUGUUCUGGUGUUUCGCAUGUUGGUAUAAGUGACCAUAGCCUGGUUUACGCCUAUCGCAAAUUGUCAAUUGGUCCGCCUAACAAAGGACACUCUACUAUUUUAAUCGCAAAUUCAAAAAUUUCAAUUCUGAUGCAUUUCGCGCUGAUAUUGCAUCUCUGA